AUGGACGCGGGGCUGCUGAGUGUCAUCCUGGGCACUGUCCUAGUGCGGGUGGAGACGGCCACGCAGGACCUCAAUCUACACGAGAUUGUAGGAUUUUGGCGAGAAGCUGGUGUGGCCUCCAGCCAAAACCUGGCGCUAAAGACCCCAAAGAGGCUGGAGGCCUUGUUCCUGACCUUGAGUGGAGAUGAGCUGACGGGGAAGGCUACGUAUGACAGCUCAGGAAGUUGUGAGACAGAAAACAUAGUGGGCUCAGAAAUAGAUGUUUUGGGGAGAUCCUGCUUUUCCUGGCCACAGGGAGACCCACGGACAGACACGGACUACGAGCAGGACGCCAUUCGGAGGGUGUCCCUGCACUGGCAGGGCCAGGAUUUCCACGUGCUCAAAUACUUUACUCGGAGCCUCGAGGACGAGUACGGACCAGGCUUCUGGAGGUUCCGGGAGUUGACAGCUGAUGUAGGGCUGUACCUGGUGGCCCGGCACGGGAGGUGUGCCAAGCUCCUGAAGGAGGAGCUGAUCUAGAGGAUCCCCUGACCCCAGGCCAGCAUGGUCCGAGCCCCCGCCCGCCUGGCCUGACCUGGCCCCAGGAGGCGGC